GCAGCAGCUAGGUGAAUUAAAACAAAGCAAGAAAAAGAAAAGCAUAUGGGCAGGAAAAUGAAAUUCAGAUAUUGGCCAUGGUACAGAUGUGGCAAUAUCUAUCCCAAAACACUUUGUUUCCGAGCAGAAACUCAGGACAUUGAUGAUCAUACACCAGUACUAUCAUCAUCAUCUUCAUCAGACCCAUAUGAUGAUGGUGAUUAUGUUGAGGAUGUGAUUCGUGGGCUGAGGUCCGAAAGGCUCUUGUUCGGGCCGGGUGGGGGGAAAUCAUCCAAACUCAUGGAAGAGGAAGAAGAAGAUUUGGAAGGUGUCAUGGAUGGUGAGAAGGGGUUUGUGUUGAAGGGAAGUGUGGAAGUGGAAACAAUGGCUUCUAGUAACCCCUUUGUGGACUUCAGAAGAUCAAUGGAGGAAAUGGUCGAAGCACACGGAUUUCAAGAUUGGUGUUUUCUUCAAGAGCUCUUGGGUAGCUACUUGAGAAUCAAUGGGAGAAGCACCCAUGAGUACAUAGUUGGAGCUUUUCUUGACUUGUUGGUUCACCUAUUGGGAAAUGAAGCAACACAUGAUGAUGAUGAUGACGACGAUGCCAUAGUUGCUUCUUUAUCAUCAUUUACAUCUUCAAGGAGUUCAAGUGCUUGUGGCCAUUGGUUGUUAUCUUCAUUUUCAUCAUCUUCUUCUCCUUCAUCUAUUGUCCCAUCUUUCUCUUCCCCUUUAAUACCUUUUUGUUCCACUCUUAAUCCAACUACUACUCUUUUGUCUUUUCUAGAGGAAGGUGAGGAUGUUGGAUUGAGAAAUCCAUAGACAAUAACAAUUAAUGCAUAUCCAUCUUCACAUUCAAUUCUCAUUUUGUUUCAUUUGAAAUAGUUUGUACAACAGAUUUGUAUGAUUAGAAACACAUCAAACUCAUACAAGUCUCAUUAUAAAACUGUGUAACAAUUUGAUCG